AUGAUGGAGACUCUGGAAGGAGUCGAACUCUGCUUUCCACAACUCCUCAAUACCUCCUGCAGGAAGUCGAUGCGUCCGCGCUCUGAGGCCGUACUCUUCUACGUCCUACUGUCCUUCAUCUCUCUGCUUACUGUGACGCUCAACCUUCUGGUCAUCAUCUCCAUCUCCCACUUCAGGCAGCUCCACACUCCCACCAACCUCAUCCUUCUCUCUCUGGCUGUCUCAGACUUCCUGGUGGGCCUCCUAGUGAUGCCAGGAGAGGGAGCAGGUCACAUAGGGAUAUGCUGGGUGCUGGGAGACUUCAUGUGUGCUCUUUCUUACCUUGGGCUCUUUAUAAUUAUCUCAGCAUCAGUAGGAAACAUGGUGCUGAUAUCAAUUGACCGUUAUGUGGCUAUUUGUGACCCUCUCAAUUACACCACUAAAAUCACUCAGAAAAGAGUUCAAAUCAGUAUUUGUGUAAGCUGGAUCUGGUCUGUUUUCUACAACAUUAUGAUACUGAGUAAUUACCUGAUGCAAUCACACAAGUUUAACUCUUGUUAUGGAGACUGUGUAUUGAUCAUUAACUAUAUUGCAGGAGCUGCUGACUUUCUUUUGACUUGUGUUUUUCCCAUUACAGUCAUUGUAGUUCUUUAUUUGAGAGUAUUUUUGGUAGUUGUGUAUCAGGCACGUGCCAUGAGGUCCCAGGUCAGGACUGUCACAGGUUGGUACAGAGUGUCUGUAACUGCCAACAAAUCUGAGAGAAAAGCUGCCAAGACUCUUGGUAUUGUCAUAGCUGUGUUUCUUUUGUGUUUCUGCCCAUAUUACUACCAAUCUCUCAGCGGCCAGGACACAGAAAACAAUGCUUUGUCUGUAACCUUCGUGAUUUGGCUGUUGUAUUUUAACUCCUGUCUAAAUCCUGUCAUUUAUGUCUUUUUCUACCCUUGUUUUAAAAAAGCCAUUAAACUCAUAACUACACUUCAGAUACUGCAGCCAGGCUCCUGUGAGGCCAACUUACUGCAGACAGAGUAA